AUGGAGGUCCUCCUUAUACGGGAUCUCGAUUCCACCGAUCCAACACCAUACAUCUCCCAUGAGUCGGUACGGAACACCUUCAAGGGCAAGCAGCGCGUUGAGCGCUCUGCCCAAGCCCGCGCCAGCCUCUUCACCAUUGGCAUUCUCCAGCUCGAGCUACUCUUCUGUAAGACACUGGAAAGCCUACCAUUACGCAACCAGUACUUUGGGAGGGUAGGUGUGGCGGACUACACAGCAGACCUCUGCACGGCUAUCCAGUGGCAGAAGCAGGUUGAGGCCGAGUUUGGGGAUAGAAUCGCGGGUGCCAUCAGGCGGUGCAUGCUGUGUGCCUUCGAGCCGCAGCCAGACCUCAGUGACUCAACGUUUAUACGGGCGGUAUGUACGAAUGUUGUCCAACCUUUGGAGAAGUUUCUGUUGGCAUGGAAUACCCGGCAAUAA